UUAAGCAUGGGGCAGCCAAUCUGAGCUAAUAAUGGUUUCCCAAACUGAACAUAAUGACUGAGGAUUAAUCAUGGAGUAUGUUCUUCGUCUUCUGCACCAUUUUAAGUCUCAAGCAUGGCAGAACCUUAAUCUCCCCUCUCGUCAGAAAAAUAUCUCUGGCGAGACUAUCUUCGAUCCGGCAGGGCAAUUGGGUUUCAUUAGAUCCCAAACCUCUCAAUACCAAGAUAACACAUUACAUGAGAAACGGAUAUGUAAAAGAAGCUCAAAAACUCUUCGAUGAAAUGCCUCAUCGAAACACUGUCACAUGGAAUUCCAUGAUCUGUGGAUAUUUCAAGAAUGGUAACUUACACAAGGCCCUUAUUUUGUUUGAUCAAAUGCCCAAUUGUGAUCUCUUCUCGUAUAACACCAUGAUCGCUGGAUUGAUGCAGAAUGGUGUCACUAAUGGUGCCGAGAAAAUUUUCGUACAGAUGCCUGUUCGUGACGUCGUUACUUGGAAUUCCAUGGUAGCAGGUUAUAUACGCAAUUCUUUGAUGGAUGACGCACUUCUGUUGUUCAAUCAAAUGCCUUCACGGAAUGUGAUUUCGUGGAACUUGGUCAUGGUGGGUCUGGUGAACUUGCAGGCAAUUGAUCUAGCAGAGCAGUUGUUCAAAGAAAUGCCAACACGAGAUGUUGCAUCAUGGACUAUCAUGAUAUCUGGGCUUACUAGUACAGGACGGAUGGUUGAGGCCCGUGAACUUUUUGAAGACAUGCCUGUGAGGGAUAUUAAGGUGUGGAAUACAAUGAUGGUUGGAUACAUAGGAAAUGGGAAGAUUGAAAUUGCAGAAGGGUUGUUUCAGAAAAUGCCAGAGCGAGAUUCGGAUUCUUGGAACGAGCUGUUAAAUGGGUUGGUGGAUUGUCAAAGGAUAAACGACGCUGUGAGGCUCUUCACCGAUAUGCCCCAUAAGGGUCCUCGAUCAUGGAAUUCAAUCUUGUUAGGAUUGAUUAGGAAUGGGCUCGUUGUAGAAGCUCAUGGUUUCCUUGAGAAAAACCCAUUUAAUGAUGUUGUUUCAUGGACAAAUAUGAUCAUUGGAUAUUUUGAAUUAGGAGAUGUUGGCACUGCAAUUAAGCUUUUCGAAUUGAUGCCUGAUAAAGAUGAGACUGCAUGGAAUGCAACAAUCUUUGAACUUGGGAAAAAUGAUCAUGGUGAGGUUGGGCUAAAAUAUUUUGUUAAAAUGAAAGAGAGAGGCCCAGCACCUGAUGAAGCUACUUUUACCAGUAUACUGACCAUUAGUUCUGACUUGCCAUCCUUAGAUUUCGGGAAGCAAUCUCAUGCACAGAUAAUCAAGGCAGGUUACAACUGUUUCAUUGCGGUCUCCAAUGCAGUUGUUACCAUGUAUGCUCGAUGUGGAGGUAUGUGUUAUGCUUUCUUGGAAUUCUCCUCCAUGCCAAUCCAUGAUGUCAUUUCAUGGAACUCUAUAAUAUGUGGAUUUGCUCACAAUGGAAAUGGUAUGAAAGCCCUGAAGAUGUUCAAACAGAUGAGAUUAACAGAUGUUAAGCCUGAUCAAAUAACGUUUGUUGGUGUUCUAUCAGCUUGCAGCCAUGCGGGUUUGAUAGAUCAUGGUGGGUAUUAUUUUAACUUCAUGAGAUACAAGUGUUUUCUUCAGCCAACAUGUGAGCAUUAUACUUGUAUGGUUGAUUUAUUAGGGAGGUUUGGACUCAUCGAUGAAGCAGUGACUUUCAUUGAUCAGAUGAAAUCAGAUGGAGUAGAAGUCAGCUCAAGUGUUUGGGGAGCUCUGCUUGGAUCCUGUAGGAUCCACAAGAAUGUCAAAGUGGGUGAGAUUGCUGCAGAGAAUAUUUUGGCGAUGGAACCUUUUAAUGCUGGUGUAUAUUUGAUCUUAGCUGAGAUUUAUCUAAACUGCAAAAUGAGAGAAGAUGCAGAAAGGAUUUGGAGUAGGAUGAAAGAAAGGGGUGUGAAGAAGCAACCCGGGUGCAGUUGGAUUGAGGUGAACAAUGUUGUGCACAUAUUUCUUGCUGGAGAUUGUUCACACCCUGAGGUUUGUAGUGUCUAUUGUGUCCUAGAUUUACUAAAAAUUGAAAUGGAAAAUGAAUUUCUAUGAAG